UUACUGGAAUAACAUCAUUCAUCAAAAUACAACCAGCAAAGCCAUCACGUGAGGAGAAGCGACAAACAGGACUGCAAAAGAAGAGGGAUCGAGAGGAUGAGACGAUAAAAAAGAAAGAAGAAUUAUUAAAAUUGAAAGCAGAGGGGCAGAAAAGACGCAACGAGGAAAGGAUGAAGCGGGUACAGGAAGCUCGUGAAGAAAGAGAGCGUAAGGCUAUAGAAGCAAAGAAACAACAAGACAGAGAUAGAAAGAACAGAGAGGAGCGACUAAGAGAACAGCAGCAGCAGCACAGAAAGCAGCAACUUCUUGCUAAGAGACGUGCAGAAGAGGCUAGAGUUAAGAAGAUUAAAGAACAGGAAGAAGAACGAAGGAAACAGGAAGAGGAGUCAAGGAAAUUAAAGGAAGAAGAAAAGCAAAAUGAGGAGGAAAAACUAUUAUAUCUGGCAGAGCAACGCCGUCGUCAAGAGGAAGAAAGGAAACGAAAAAUUGCUGAGGUAGAACGCAUCGCCCGUGAGAAAAAGGAGUUAGAAUACCUUAAAUUGCUUGAAGCACAGCGCAUUGCUGAGUUACAACAAGCUAAAUUGACAAGCUCAGCAGUUAAAAAGAUUGCACUAGCUGAUAACAAGGAAACUGGACUAAAUCAUACAUUCACUUUAAGUGAUAACAAGGAAAAUGGUCUUAAUACCACAUUUUCCAAAACUACUGGACCGUCUCAGUCAAGUUCUACUGGGAAAAACAAAGAUAGUUAUGACAUUACACCAAACUCCAAGAAAUAUAAGAAAAAUAUUAAUAAUUAUGAUAUAAAUGAUAUUGAGAGUGAUGACUCAACUGAUGAGGACAGUGCUCCUAAGAGGAAAAUUCCUCCCUGGGCUAUGAGAUCUCAGCUCACAGCUGCUAUGAUCAACCAAGUAUACUCCGGACCUGUGGUUGAGGAGAUCUUCCCUCCGACUAUUCUUCUCACCACACCUGAUCUCACCCAAAUCUUUCCUAAGCGGAAAAAAUUUAACAAACGCACCUCUAGUGCGAUAUGGACUACACCACUUUCUAAAUAUUUUGAAUAAUGUUAGCUAUAUACAGUACUGUGUAUAUAUUUUAUCAUGCUUCAUGGUAUAAACUAAUGAUUUUCAGUUAAGUGUUAUUAAUGCAUUGGAAUUGUUUUCCAAAUUUUUAGAGUACAUAACUUAGCAUUUCUUAAUAUAUAGGUAUUUUCCAAUUUACGAUGGGGGUUGUGUUCCUGAAAACCGUAACAUAAACUAUGAGCCCUUUAA